AUGAUCGAAAUAAUACUUAAUGAUAGAUUAGGAAAAAAAAUUAGAGUAAAAUGCAACCCUGAUGAUACAAUCGGAGAUUUAAAAAAACUUGUAGCUGCUCAAACAGGAACGCGAGCCGAUAAAAUAAGAAUUCAAAAAUGGUACACCAUUUAUAAGGAUCACAUAACAUUACAAGAUUAUGAAAUUAAGGACGGAAUGAGUUUGGAGUUAUAUUACAAUUAA